CGAGACAGCCCGCCGACCAGAACACCCGCCCGAUCGUUGAGCCAUGACAUCGCCCGACCCAUCACCAGCACCGCAGCCCAGCCAGCCCACGAGCCAGAACCAGGACGGGCAGCUCUCAGCGGUCCGCGGCCUGCAGCAGACAUGGACGUCGGCUGUCCAGCUCCAUGAGUAUGUCUUUGCCCGCGGCAAGCAUGCCCGAGCCCAGAUCGAAGCCAUCAUGUCGCCGUCGACGAUGUGGGCCACCAAGAUCACCCUUGGCGGCGCCAUCGGUGGAUUUGUUUCGGGAUUUUACCUGGGCGGCCGUCAUCGGGCGAUGCAGUUUCUUGCCGAGAACGCACAUCGACUACCGAAGACAGUCGGCGGAUGGUUCUUUUACCACAGGUACAAAAACUACGAAAUGACCCAUGCGGGUUUCAAAGAAGGAUUCCGGUAUGGCUUCAAGUUUGCGGCAGUCUCGGGGGCCUUCUGCUGUCUGGAAAAUGCCUUUGAGCAAGCAACAGGACGAGAGGGCUGGAUCAACAGCCUGGCCGCAGGAACCGUCACCUCGCUCGGAUUUUCUGCAGCCGCCCGGCUAUCGCUCCAAUACACCAAGUAUGCAAUUCUGUUUGGGGCUGGAUCGUCCCUGGGUAUCGGUCUCGUCCAAGACGGAUACGCCUUUGUCUACGGCACCUCCAUCAAAGAUCCCCUGCGGGCCCGAGAUGACGCCUUCUGGAUUCCUGGUCUGGCGCAGAUCAAGCAAGCGGCAGGGAUAUAGAAGCGACUGCUCGAAAUGGGCGCCAUAUCCGUGAUAGAUUGGCAAUGCCGGCGGUGUACCGGUAUGUCAUCCGGCUGGAAGGACUCGAACCGAACGGCCUCAACCUUGACUCGCCUCCAUAACCGGGUGGAGGCCACAUGGCAACUAGGACGGAACUCUGCGAACCAAAUACAAGAACAUUGCAUUAUA